UAAUGUUUAUUAUUUAUUAAUAUUUUACUUUUUACACUUAUAUGAUUUAUCUCAUGUACACUUAGGUGGAUUUAUGAGUUUUAAUUGUUUGUGUUUCUUUUCAUUGUAGUAUACUUCACUAGAAAUUAUAACAUGUGGUCUAUUGGAAUUUUAAAACGUAGUAUAAUUAAUCCAUCUAGUCGGUCCAUUUUUUUAACCAAAGUUUCCCAAAAUGAAAAACUUGUAAAAUAUCCUCCUAUUUUAGACCUUAACCCAGAACCUACUAAGUUACGUUCCGAGUUACAAUUUCAUGAAAAAAUACGCAAUUUACAUACAAUUGAAGAAAAGACUAUUGGAAUUAAUAUUCCUAGGUAUUAUGGUUGGCAGUCAUUAGUUAUUAAAGACAAAGUAAUACCAUAUGAUUUUUUACCUUUUUCCCAAACUAUAACUAAAACAAAAAUUAAAGAAAUAGAUACUUUACCAAAUUGCCUAACAAAUGAAGAUUGCAAGCAUUUUAUUGAAGCUAUUAAACCUCAGCUUGAAGAUGUUUUUGUUUAUGAAUAUAAUAGAAAUAGAAGUAUCAAAGCCUUGGAAAACUAUAAUGAUACAUUAGAAACUACAUCAGAUAAUAGAUUAGCCAAAAGUAUAGUUGAUCAAGUCAAUAGAAUAUUCUUAGCUAACCUAGCAUCUGAAUACCCUCAUUUAUUUGAAGCUCAAAUAGACUAUGAACCAAGGAUAGAAGCUUUUUGGAAUGUCCAUGGCUUUUCAGCCACUAAAGACGAUCAAGAAAUACGAAAAAAAAAAAAUGAGCCAGAAGAAAUUUUGAAGAAUCCUGUUGACAGAUGGAUCCAUUAUUUUGGCCAACCUACUAUUCAGCUUCGUCACAACUUACCUCUUGAAAUAUUACCCAAAGAUUAUGCACUUUCACCUAAUUCACUAUCUUUUGAUUCAAAUGUACAUAAUAUUAAAUACAAAGAAUAUCAUAUCCCUAAUUAUGAUUAUGAUCCAAAAAUUUAUCAUAAAUUGGCUUAUGAAAGAAGACAUGGUGUAUCAAUUCCUGGUUUUUGGCCAAAUGAUGAUCAGAAAUUUGGUUUUUUAUCAAUACAUACAAAUGAAUAUUUGGAAAAUCGGCCUCCUAAUUUUGGUGAAGAUGAACAUCAAGAAGCCAUACAUGCUCAAGCAAUAUUAGCUUCAUUUGCUUGGUUGUUAGGACAAGCUCAUUAUCAGGGAUUUACUACUUGUAAUGAGAUUACUUAUCCUUUUGUAAAUCAAUCAAUUAUUACUAAUGGCAAAUUAUGGUCAUUUUAUGUAUAUCAGUUAAAUACAGUACGAUUCUUUAAAAGUCAAGAUGAAAUAAAUUGUCCUAUUAAACCUUUUAAUGAUUGUUGGGCUACCAGAACUUCUGAACUCUUUCAAAACAUAAAAGAUAAUAAAGUUGUUGGUUGGAAUGAUAAUGUAUUAAAGAACUUAUUAAGCUGUUAUGUAAAUACUCCAAAAAAUCGUGAUCAUAAUUUAUGUCCAUAUCUAGGAGAAGAGAAGGUUGUUGCAAAUAUUAAUGAUAUCAAUAAAAGAAUAUGGUUGCAUGAUAGACAUAAACUUUUAUUAUCUCAUCGACCAAGGCAUCACCUAGAGCCAGAAAUAUACGACUGGGAAAGAAUUUAUAAAAUUCAGUUUGAAACCAGACCAUUUGAAGCAAGAAGGCGUUUCUUUGAAUUAGGCCAAGAUCCACUAAAUGAAAGAAGGUUAAAUGAUCAUUUAGGAUAUUAUAUUCCUCGUAAAUAUAGAAAUGAAAAUUUGAGAAUGAGAAGAAAAAGAUUUGAAGACACAUAUUAUCCAAAUAUUUAA